AUGCCGAUUCCUCCGGGCCAUUUGGGCAAUUUGACACCUGAACAAGAAGCCAAACUUCGGGAAUUCUGGGCAGUGACUUUGAAAGUAUUUGGUGUGGAAGAUCCUCAGCGUGCAAAUGGCACAGAUACUCCAACGACUGAGGACACGCAGUCCGCAUCGGAAGAUACGAAAGACAAAAAGAAAAGUGGGAAGCGAUUGGGAUUGUUUAAGAGACAAGAAGACAAGGAGUCAAGUAACGGAUCAGCCACUACCCCCAUGAAAUAUUUCAGUAAUAAUAAUGCCGAUUCCGACGACAAAUACGGCCAGGUGAAGGAAUUCCAACAAAUUUUGGCCACGCAAUCCCCCGAAUCAUUGCGCGCCACUUUUUGGAGCAUGGUGAAAGCCGAUCAUCCUGAUGGGCUGCUAUUGCGAUUCCUUCGGGCGCGGAAAUGGGACGUUGACAAAGCUCUGGUUAUGUUGAUCUCCACAAUGCGAUGGCGAAGUCAAGAGCAACACGUCGAUGACGAUGUGGUUUUCCGGGGGGAAGGAGGCGCGUUGGAAGAUUCCCAAUCCACAGAUCCUGCUGUCAAGAGGGAGGGAGAAGAUUUUCUGGCUCAAUUGAGGUUAGGAAAAAGUUUUCUGCACGGAACCGAUAAAGAAGGGAGGCCACUAUGUUUUGUUCGAGUACGAUUACAUCGAGGAGGAGAACAAACGGUGCGAAGUUUGGAACGAUAUACGGUGUAUGUGAUCGAAACAGCGAGACUUGCUUUAAGACCACCAGUUGAAACAGCGUGCAUAAUAUUUGACAUGAGCAAUUUCACAAUGGCCAACAUGGAUUAUACUCCGGUCAAAUUCAUGAUCAAAAUUUUCGAAGCCAACUACCCCGAAUCACUGGGAGCCGUACUGGUUCACAAAGCACCUUGGAUCUUUCAAGGCAUCUGGAAAAUUAUCCGUGGCUGGCUUGACCCUGUGGUGGCGGGGAAAGUCCAUUUCACGUCUGGUGUGGAGGAUCUCGAAAAGUUUAUUCCGAAAGCGCAAAUCAUCAAAGAACUGGACGGUGACGAGGAUUGGGAAUACCAUUAUGUCGAACCGGUCCCUGGAGAAAACGAUGCAAUGAAAGAAGAAACUCCGAGGAAAGCACUGGAAGCCGAGAGGGAUGCCGAAGUUCGGAAAUAUCAAACCAAGACUCACGAAUGGAUUUCCAAAGGAACUGGACCAGAGGCUGGUCAAAUCAAGAAGGAGAGGCAUGAUCUUGCCAGGAGAUUGAACGAAAAUUAUUGGAAAUUGGAUAAGCGUAUCAGAGCAAGGACGUAUUACGAUCGAACGGGCAUGAUUUCACCGGAUGGAAAGAUCAAUUUUUACCCUCCACCUCCAGGAAAAGGAACGAAUAUGAAUACGGAACCAACAACGAUAGUACCAAAAGUGGAAACGAAUUCGGAUGGCGUGGACUGA